UAGUUCUGAAUUGUAAAAGAUUCGACUUUUAAAAAAAAUAUUGAAAUCAACUCAAUUUACAAGAUAAACGAGUGUUUAUUAUUAUUAUUAUUAUUAUUAUUAUUAUUAGACUAGUUCAAUCAGUACGGCCAUUAAAAUACAUCUUUUAAAAGCUAUAGAUAUGUGUUUUAAUCGUUCAUACAAUAACUAGCUUCACAGGUUUAUUGAUUUCUUUAUUGAUUUAUUUAUUUUAAAUUCGUGGCUCUCUCCGUUACCCCGGCAACGCAGCCGUUGAUAAAUCUGUCGCUCUCGAGCUCAAUGGAGAGAUCGCCCCGGCGCGUGAGUGUGCAGCAGACCGGCCACGCGGGGCCCCAGCACGCGAGCGCGGCGGGCUCCGUCAAAACCGUCAUCGUGGGAGACGGAGGCUGCGGGAAAACAUCGCUGCUGAUGGUGUUUGCGAAGGGAGACUUCCCCGAGGCUUACGUUCCAACGGUGUUUGACAGAUACACCGCCAGCAUCACAGUCGACAACAAACAGACUGAAAUCAAUUUGUGGGAUACAGCCGGCCAAGAAGACUACGACAGGCUCCGCCCCCUCUCAUACACAGGAGCCAAUGUGGUGCUGAUCUGCUACGAUGUCACAAACCCCGGCAGCUUUGACAAUGUUCUCACCAAGUGGUCCCCAGAGGUCCGUCACUUCUGUAAGGGGGUCCCCGUUUUGCUCGUGGGGUGCAAGACAGACCUGCGGAAAGACAAGAUCCGGCUCCGCAAACUGAGGGCCAACGGGCUGGAGCCCAUCACUUACUCACAGGUAAUGCAGCCUGCCACCACCGGGGGAGCUGCGGGGAGGAAACACAGCAACACAGGGAGGAGAAAACACAGCAACACAGGAGAGAAAACACAGCAACACAGGAGAGAACACAGCAACACAGGAGAGAAAACAGCAACACAGGAGAGAAAACACAGCAACACAGGAGAGAAAACACAGCAACACAGGAGGAGAAAUCACAGCAACACAGGGAGGAGAAAACACAGCAACACAGGAGAGAAAACACAGCAACACAGGAGAGAAAACACAGCAACACAGGAGAGAAAACAGCAACACAGGAGAGAAAACACAGCAACACAGGAGGAGAAAUCACAGCAACACAGGGAGGAGAAAACACAGCAACACAGGAGAGAAAACACAGCAACACAGGAGAGAAAACACAGCAACACAGGAGAGAAAACAGCAACACAGGAGAGAAAACACAGCAACACAGGGAGGAGAAAACACAGCAACACAGGAGAGAAAACAGCAACACAGGAGAGAAAACACAGCAACACAGGAGAGAAAACACAGCAACACAGGAGAGAAAACAGCAACACAGGAGAGAAAACACAGCAACACAGGAGGAGAAAUCACAGCAACACAGGGAGGAGAAAACACAGCAACACAGGAGAGAAAACACAGCAACACAGGAGAGAAAACACAGCAACACAGGAGAGAAAACACAGCAACACAGGAGAGAAAACACAGCAACACAGGAGAGAAAACAGCAACACAGGAGAGGAAACACAGCAACACGGGGAGAACACAGGAUUAUCAAGGGCUGUGUGUGUGUGUGUGUGCGUGCAGAGAGCAGGGUGGACAAAACAUAAUAACACAGGUUUAUCAAGGGCUGUGUGUGAGUGUGCACAGAGCAGGGCAGGGCUACUGUGAGUCAGUCUGUGUGUGUGUGUGUAUGUGUGUAUGUCUCAUCUCCUCUCUCUCAUCUCUCUCCCUCUCUCCCUUUCUCCCUCUCUCUCUCCCUCCCUCCCUCCCUCCCUCUCCCUCUCUCUCUCACCUUUCCUCUCUGUCUCUCCUCUCUCUCACCUCUCCCCCUCUC